UUACCCUAUAAAUUAUAAAGGUUUUAUCUAUCUUCGACAAGAGCAAUUCAUCUCUUUCACAACUCCGACGAAAAGGGGGAUUGAUCUAGGGUUUUUUUCGUUGUAAAUUAUACGGCGGAGACGGCGACAUCGGCAAAGGAAUUGACUAGAUACGGCGGCGGCGGCGGCGGCGGCAGUGAAGACAGAUAAAAGUUGGUGAUCGUAUCCCAGUCAAAGUUCCAUGGAUUAUAUUUGUUAUGGUGAACAUUGGGACCUCGAAGAUGUGGAUACCCGCCCCCCAGAAAUGAUUUUUCUCUUCCAGAUAUAUUACUCAUGCCUUGGAGAAAAAAAAAUCAGUCAACUCCGAGAUAGCCUCAUAACCGAAGUUUCCAAAUUUCUCUCAGUUUCAAGGGGCAUUGCCUGCACCCUCUUGGUCCAAAACCGUUGGAGUACGACUCUGCUUUACGACAAAUGGUUUUCUGAUGAGAAAAGUGUCCGCGAGGCAGUUGGUUUAUUGCCGGAAAAACAAGAAUCACCGAAACAACUCGACUUUUGUUGCUGCAAUAUUUGUUUCGGAGAAAUCAAGAUUGAGAAUACAUUGUCCGCCCCCUGUGGGGCCCACCCCUUUUGUCUCGAUUGCUGGAAGACUUAUCUUACUGUCUCCAUCAACAACAAUGGCCCUGGAUGCUUGAAGAUGCCUUGCCCCGAGCCUGGAUGCAAAGCCUACGUAGGUUUAGACAUUGUCGACUCUUUGGCUUCGGAUUCCGAUAAAGACAAGUACUAUGGAUAUUUGUCGUCUUCUUAUGUUGAAGGCACCUUGAAUCUGAAAUGGUGCCCAGGCCCGGGAUGCAAUUUAGCGAUCCGGUUAGACGAGUACGGCCCCAAGGGCUAUGACGUGACUUGCGAUUGCUCUCACAGGUUUUGUUGGAAUUGCUUGGAGGAGACACAUCGCCCUAUGGAUUGUGAGACAGCGGAUACGUGGCGCAAGCAAAACACUUGCUUUGAGGCGGACACCGUUAGAUGGAUAUCGUCUUACACGAAGCCCUGUCCUAAGUGCCGUAGGUACAUAGAGAAAAACCAUGGAUGCAAUCAUAUGACAUGUGGAAGCCCCUGUGGGUUCCAGUUUUGUUGGUUGUGCCUCGAGAAAUGGAGCCACGACCACUAUUGCAACGAGUACGAGGAUGAAAAAAAUGAAGGUGAGAGUACUUCAGUAGAUACUGACAACUCGAAAUAUUUUGACGGAUAUGAGCACUACUAUGAGAGAUGGCUUUCGAAUCAUAAAUCGAGGGAAAUUGCUGUGGCUAAUCUGAAAUGCGCCAGAAACGGGAUUAUUGAGACCCUUGCGUGUGUCCAGGGCGAAAAGAAAUGGAAAUUGAUGUUUGUGAUUGAUGCCUUGGAGCAGAUAGUGGAGUGCAGGCUUGUUUUGAAAUGGAGUUACGCAUAUGGAUACUACUUAUCUUUAGCUAAAUCGAAGAAGAUGGCACUUUUCGAAUACAUGCAAGGGGACGCAGAGGCUGCACUGGAGAGGCUUCACCAUUGUGCUGAGAAGGAGAUUCAAAAAUACGUCCUUUGUCCUUCCCCCGAUUUCAACGAUUUUCGGGUGAAGCUGACGAACCUUACCUGUGCCGCCCAAACUUACUUUGAGAAUUUGGUUACAGCAUUUGAGGACGAUUUUCGGUUUUAACUCGAAAAAAUCUGAAGAAGAGACAACCGCAAGCUCAGGGAGUGGGCUAAGUUUGUCAUUUUCAAAAGUUCUUUUCAUAUGUGAGUUAUAUUUUCUGCUGCAUGUUUAAUAUAUGUUUCCUAACUUUAUUUAAAUUGUAUGAGCUUCCAAUUUUUUUUAUUUCUAA